AUGUGUGUGUGUGUAUGUGUGCCCCCCUCCUCAUACUCCAUAUUGCUUAGCCAGCCAUAAUCGUGCAAAGGAUAAGAAGUAGUUUGAGAAACGAAACACUUGAAGCGGUCGGAAUCAGCGUUAUCAAUCUUUCCUCGACACCGUAUUGCGAAACCAAUAAACGCACAAUUCAGCGUAGCGGACCUCCGUGAGACCACCUGCCCCAUUCCAACGUUGUUUCGUGACAGGGUCGGAAUGUUCUCGCGUGCACACUUUGCAGGCGGCGUCGAUGAACGGCAACGCUAAAGAGCAACACUUGCGUGUCGCUUCAGAGAAAAUGAACACGAGAAUGGCAACAGGCACUUUCUUCUGCAUUUGCCUUAUUAUGCGUUAUUUAAAGUAAAUCAGAGUCUAUUUUGACGGAAAAGGUAUCACCUGGAAUGCUUUCACAGUAGUUUGUACAAGCAAUUAAGUUAAAACCGUUGCGCAGGAAAUGUGAAACAUUGAGGCGUUAUGUUUACGAGCAUGGAAACUGUGGUAGAUGAAAGAAAACCCUGCAAAGAAUUUGGCUCUACUUGUUUUGUUACCGAGAGACGAGAAUAAGAUCGCCAGAGGAGUGGUGCAACAGUUUGUGGGAAUAAAACAAUUUCUCAGCCACCAUCGUCACUCUGAGCUGAACAAGAUAUGAGACCGACGGUGUCGUGACAUCUGCACAGAUUCAUCUUGCUGUCGCUGAACACUUAAGACCAACCCUGCAAAAAAGUGAGGAAACAGCCAUGUCCACACCAUGGGAUUUUAAACCAUUUUACCAAGAGAUGCACCAAAUUGUUUUAAACAUCCCCCAGUCUCAAUGAAAACUGGGCUUGUCAUUAAAAACAAAUCUGCUGCAUGAAUCUCAAGCCUCUGGAGGUUUUCAUGAAGUGACUGCCCUUGAAAAUAUCUGUUGUGAAGACAAUCUUACCUUGCAAACUUUUUGCCAUCUUUCUGCCAUCAUCAGCUUUUUUGUGUAUCUGUAUGAUCAGAACAUUCGCUAAUAACCUAUAAUACCUGUGGAUGAUUAUAAAAGGUAUAUUUAUUCUUUAAAUUUGCACAUGAGAUUAUUCAGCUGGUAAUUUUUCAUAUGCUGAAUAAAGAAAUGAGUAUUUAUUAUAGUUCACUAAUGUAGAUGUUUCCAGGCCAAAAUGAUUCCUCACCAUAAUUCCCUAAAUCACUCAAGGGAGUUCACCGCUCUGGGCGGUCCUGUUAACACGUAAACAAGUGCAGUUGAAAGUUUAAAGAGAUUGUUUAUAUCCAUUAAUAAUCAGGGAGCAUUGCAGGUCAGGGAAAUUUGCCUAAAGACAUAAAGUGCCAUUUUUGAAUGUAAGGAGUGCCCAAACAGAACAGUUUACAUUUUUAAGAUGUUUACAGUUUCCCCUUUCUCUUAAAUUACUAUUUCAUUUUAAGAAGUGCCAAAACAGAGGAAUUAAUGUAAAUACUUUACACAGUCGUACACUACAGUUGAAUUGCCUUCGUGUGUCAUCAAUACACUAAACUAUAUAUUAAGUAAUAUAACAAUGAUAUCGAGAGAAGCCAUUACUUGUUUGUCUGCGGAUAUGUGAAAAUGUAUAUUUUUGAAGACUAAUUCAAAUGAAUAUUCUUUGAAUUCUUUGUUGCCUGUUAGAAAUACUAUCGCCAUUUGGAUUGUUAUACAUAGGCCUGUCAUUUUGUCUUCAGCUUUAUGCUGGAACUAACAUUGCAUGUGAUGACAGACUAUAUGUUUUGUAACUCACCUUGAAAGCAAAAUAGUUUUUUGUCUCACAGUUUAUUGCACACACCUAACAGACUUUUUUUAGACUGAUUUGAUAUAGACUCAGAUUCUAUACUUCGGAGCACGUAUUUUACAUACAGCAUUGAACAGGCUGUUUUUUAUAAAAAAAGAAAUCUACAUUGUGCAGCAAGUUGAGUCAGCGAGAGGAAAUAGCAGCGUUAGUCAUGUAAAGAUGAUGCCCACCUUGGAAGCCCGAGUGCGUGUCAUCAUUCUCUUCCUGCUAAUCGCCGUCCCACUUAACACUUUCUCAGCGAGCGUCCCGGGCCUGUCUAGAAACACACCAAAUGGCCCUAUCACCUUUACCACAACGCCCAACCCCAGAUCUCAGGGAAGGGGCUUUCUGUUCCCACUUACUAAAACCGGUGGGAACAUGCGAGGGAAGUCUAUGAAUCAUUGGCCAAAGCAGCCGGCUGGAGCAGCUGAGAUGCCCCCUAAGCCGCUGCCUCAGAAAAGCCUGCCGAGGAACAUCACGGACGAUGCCCUGAAACCCCCUUUGGAAGGAGCGCGAGUUCCGCCUCCUCGCAAACUGGUGGAAAUAGAUGUGUGCCGGGGCUAUUACGAUGUGAUGGGGCAGUACGACCUCACCUUUAAUUGUUCCAAGGAUAACUUCAUCUUCUGCUGUGGGACCUGCCACUACCGAUUUUGUUGUCCGGAUCGUACCCGAAGGCUGGAUCAGAACACCUGCCACAACUACCACUCCCCCGUGUGGGCCAAUACUGCCCCGCCGGCAACCAGGCCCUCAACGCCGGAUCAUCCUAACCUCAGCCGUAUCGAGCAGAGCAACAACACAGUGUAUGUUAUCGGUGGGGUCAUCUCAUUUACAGUCGCAGUGGCCGUGGCCAUUAAAGUGGCGUUCCACAAGGCAUCACGCCAACCUAGGAUCAGAGAACUUGACAUGCCCAGGGCUCUUGUGGAAAUGUUGCGUCACCAGUCAAGUCCAGUCCAAGAGAGUGAGAGAAACAACAGUGUUGCCCUGGGAAGUGGAGGAGGAGAGGGGACACUUGGACGCCCUCCUAAAAACCACUAUCCUACCCUACAGAGUAAAGAUAAUCGACUGGGAAAUCUGCAACAUAAUUUUAUCCAUACAACAGGCACCAGCCCCAAACAUACAGCGACCAUUGAGCGUGCACCCCGUAUGAAUAACAUGCAGAUGACCACUGGUGGCACCUUGAAACCAAGCAAGCAUACGAACGCCAUGAAGCCCCAACCUUCUUUUCAUCAAUCCCUACACAACCUGGCCCAGCUUCCCCCUUCUUAUGAAGCCGCCAUGAAGCCUGAGAUGAACAGAUACUCUUCUCUUAAGCGUCUGGAAAAAGGAGGAUUGGAGGACUAUUCGGGUUACUGUACAACGAAACGGAGGCCCAACAAUCCCCCUCCUUCCUUUCAUUCUUCCCAGCACCAUCUUCCCUGGGGAGGCGACUACACGUUGGGGGGUCGAGGCACACUUCCUACCCAUGCCAAUCGCCCUCGAAUACCUCAUCCUCAAUCUGCACCAAGCCACACCCCAAAUCCCUACCCUCUGGAUCCACCGGAGUCGAAGCAAAACCAGAAUUACGAUACGCUUUCAAAACCACCACGCCGUGUUAAGUCGACAGACCAGCUCCUUGCCCUCGCUGAUGGAAACACCUUAUCAAGGCUCUCAAAGAACCAGCAGCACCAGUACUACAAAUCGAAAAACUCCAAUAACCAGAACACCCUGCAGAAAUCCAAGGAGAGGCUGCUAAUGUCACCAGAUCAUCUAGACGAGGCCCUGGAGUAUGGCGAAGGUGGAAGCGGGAUGGGUAUGGGAAUGGGCGACUACACGUCCGGAGGGGGUAGCGGGAUGGGUAGCGGGAUGGUGCCUACCCUGCCCCGCGUGAGCCAUCAGAAAGCUCAGUCACAGCAGAACGUCUGCGCCACGCCAUCACUUGACCGGCAUCACAUGAUCAAGAUGAACUCGCACCCGACAUCGGGGCGAGAGCAAGAGCGGAAUUCGGCAGCGAUGUCCGGUCACCUGGGAGGAGGCGGGGUCGGAGGAGUGGGAUGGGGCGACAUGCCAGGAACAGGGGUUGUCAUGGGAACAGGAACUCUUGGUGGACACAGUGCCAGGAGGCUUGCAUUUGCAGCUAAAAGGCAAAAUACCAUCGAACAACUUCACUUCAUCCCUGGUACAGGGGGGAGUGGAGGAGGAGUGGCGACAAACCAAGGGGUUAGAACAGGCAGCAAGAAUGAGGUUACUGUGUGAGCAAGCCAGAGAGGCUAUAGCGAUAAUGAAAGGGGAAGGAAGAAGAUGGGUGAGGGAUAGACUGUGUGAAAAGUUGGAGGAUGGUAUAAGGAUGGUGGGAGAUAGUGUGGGUGGAAAAGGGAAGAAAUAACGAGUAAAGAGAGAAAAGGAGUAGGAAGAUGUAAAGGAAUAAGAGAAACUGAAUUUGAAGGAGGGGGUGAGACAAACUACAUGAAGCUAGGUUCAGAAAGAGCCAACUGGCACCAUAUUUUUACAGAUAUAUAUAUAUAUAUAUAUAUUGUAUAUAGUGGCAAAUUCAUCAAAUGAGAUUAGGUAACAACAGUUGUAAGUCAGGUCUGAUUGAGCUUCAAAGUUGUUGUGCUGUUUAUGUUUACGAAAUUUGCCGCUAUAAUCAUGAUGAUCAAAUGUUGCCAUAUACGAUUAUUUAUUUGUGUAAAGUCUGCCUAUAACCUACUGCGCAGAAUAUCGAUAAAGUGUAAUAUAAAUUUCACACGAGGUGACAGAUGAACUGACAUUUUUUGUCAUAUGUUUUUAUUCUCAAAUAUUGUACAUUAUUACACAUUACAGAUAUAGCUGCUAAUGGAGCCAUAUUUCAACAAACAGCUCUCAUCUUAUAAAUAUGAUGGAAACAUCAGGACUAAUCCUUAUGCAACGUAUGCAUAAGAGGAACGAUCAUCCAAACUGAUUUAUAAAGUUAUUUACAUAUUGGCAAACAAACUAAGAAUCAUUGAGGGGGGAAGAGUCAAAUAACGGAACGCAAGCAUAAUGCUGGAUCUCUUUUUAAACCCGAAUCCAUGAGGACGUAUUGCACGGUUGUUAUAAUUUAUGUCAAAAUGAACGAUGAUGGAACAAUACGAGAAGCAAGAAUUGACAUGAAUUUUGCAUUGCAUUUGGAUCCCGCUCAAUAAGAGAAAGCAAGCCUUACCAUAAAUGACCUGCAGUGUGAUUUAAACAUGGAUGUGCAAAUCGAGUGAAAACCUGAGAAAAGAACACAAGUUCGCCCUUCAGUUGAUACCUGGGGGAUGCUUUGAACUAUCAAUGAAAGCCAUUUUAGGACACUGUCGGGCAGGAAAGCCCAGAUUAAAAACCAAGAGAUAUGUCUGACAAUCAUCUUUAUCUUCAUAUAAAAAAGACUCAUUAAUGAUCAUUGGCACUUUGUUUGGAUUCUGAGCCACUACUUUCUACAAUGUUCAAGUGCUGGGAUUUGUGAAAAGGGGGUUCGUCACAAAGGACGCUGGACUACCAAAAGUAUAAGGAAAUGAAUAAGACACAUAGAGAUGAGAUCCUGUAAAGUUGGGUACGGUACUUGCUACUUUUUAGGAAACCUCAAGCUAUUAAAUGUAGAUCUGAUGAGAAAACAACACAGUAAGGGCACUCCUAAAUGUAUUUUUAUGACAUAAAAUAAGUGCAUAACAUGGCAGUCACAUUAUCUCGCUCAGGUGUGUAGGCAUUUAAAUGUGCAUAAAGCAAACCUUCUGGACUGCUUUCUGAAUCGCCAUGUUGAAGCCAUGUGUACAUGCUGUUAAAACUGAGACUUUAUGAACGAACCGAGGAUACGGUUAUGCCAAAACAGCUAACCUGUAUUUUUAAAUCUGCUGUUACUGAGCUGGACACAACACAUCAUACCUGACAUUUUCAUAACCAAUAACGCUUAUCAAUAUUAAGGGCUAUACAACAUAUGCGUUAGUGGUACCUGCAAAUGUUACCCACAGCUUAUUUAUUAUUACUUAAAUUAAUCUUAUUAUUUGCAGAAUAAAAAAAUAUGGAGUUGGUAAUAAUUUAAAAAAAAAUGUAAAUGUGGGAUUGGUUAUAAAAAAACAAGAUUUAAUUUAGUGUAUGGUUCUGACCUUUGAGAAAUAGUUCAGGGGGCAUAUUACAGAAACGUCCUAUUUUUAAGUUAAGAUCUGAUCAGUUUGAUGUUAGGAUGUUUUUGUAAUACAGCCCCAGCUCUCAUUAAUUCAUUUGGACAUAAUCAACAUAAUCAUAUAUAUAGUGAAACUUAUCUGUUUUUUGCCACAGAUUUCAUAUCUCCUGGUUAAUUUUCAGAAGCAUUCUAAGUUUCAGAUCAUUUGCAUAUUAUAUGACUCCCGGUGAUAGUUUAUAUUACAUCAGAAGAGGAUUGAAGGUGACAUUCAUUUAACUUUUCACUGGAACUAGUGUGUAUCUUAAUGAAUUAUUAAUAAAACUUAAAGACAAUCUUCCUAACA